AUGCCCUUACUUCCAUUUCGAGCGGAAGUAUUGCGUGAAGAGAUUCGAAGGUCGGUUCCACCAGAAGACGACUGGCAGAUUCAUGAUGACGCUGUUUCCGAGGCAAUCUCUUUCUAUUCAGGUGAAAAUGUGCGUCAUAUGACGGACAUCAUCAGACGAAGCUUACUUCCAUUUCGAGCGGAAGUGUUGCGUGAAGAGAUUCGAAGGUCGGUUCCACCAGAAGACGACUGGCAGAUUCAUGAUGACGCUGUUUCCGAGGCAAUCUCUUUCGAUUCCGGUGAAAAUGUGUCAAGCUUUCGUCCGUCAUAUGACGGACAUCAUCAGGCGAAGGUAUCAUCGUCACAACAAAAAUGA